AUGCCACAAAGCACUCCACUUGGUGUUGUUGGAAUUGAUAGAAUCGGUUCGAGAAAGAUCACGAAGGAGUUCUAUCCGUUUGCUUUUGUGAUUAAAAACGAAUAUUUCGAGAAGUUCUGCUGGGGGUGCAUGAAGAGACCUCCCGUCCUGCAGUAGUUAGUUUAAAAUAAUUUUCAAAACAUCAAAAUUCAUUUUUAAGUUCGUGUACUCAUUGUGAAGUGGGUAGGUUUUGUUCCCUGCAUUGCCGAAAUGAGUCGAGGCGAGACCACAAGGUAAUUUGAAAACUCAAUUUUUAAUUUGCAAGAAGAGAUGUUUAGGUAGAAUGUCACAUGUUGCGCAAGAUGACAGAUUUGGGAAUAGAAGAAAGAAUGUUGGCAAGAAUUUGUGCACGGUGGUCGGUGAGUUUUGAAAAAAUCUUGGUGAGGCUCAACGUUGGCGUGUUCAGGAUAUUGAAAGCGGGAAAGCGGAUCUGGAUCCAACAUUUUACGUCAAUCGGAGUAGUAACCGCACGAUAAUGCAGCUUUGCGCACACACUGAAGAAAUCAGACUGGACGAGAGAGCUUACGGAAAAUUCAAAAGUGAGUGAAGCUAUAAUUUUGAAUUUCUUUGGGAAGGUCUUUCAAAAACAUUUUUGAAAAUCUUUCGUUCUGUUACAAAUCGAAGCUACUUUCAGAGAUCUUUCUGGCUGUUGAAAAGUUGUUAGACAACAACUACGAGAACGUAACUGAAGAUAUUGCUUUGGAGCUCUAUUCUCGGAGCAUAAUCAACCGACAUUCUCUCUCCGACCCUGAUUUUACUGUAGAAAUCGGGAAAGGGCUUUACUUGGACCUCUGUCGCUACAACCACUCUUGUAGACCAAAUACGGUUUGUUCGAAAUCCUUUUACACGUAAAUGUCAGUAUUUUCAGAUCUACAGCUGCGAUGGCACCACUGCUACACUACGUGCUCUACACGACGACGUUGACUUCGAUAACUUCGACGAAACUUUUUAUUCUUACAUUUCUCUGACUGAGUAAUUCUAUUUAAAGAUUUUCUGAUCGAACAAUUUUUGUAGAUGUCUUGUGGAACGUCGACAUAUGAUCCGGGACUCUUGGUACUUCGAAUGUCAGUGCGACCGCUGCGUAGAUCCACUCGACUGCUGGCUUACUGCUGCGUAUUGCCCUCAUUGCAACGCAGAGGUGAGGCUGCAAAAACCAUUUUCGAUUCAAAAAUCUUCUUACAGGGCGUAAGAGUACCUAUUCGUCUUCAUGGUCCUGAUGCUUAUAUAAACAGCGAAAACAUGGAAAUAAUCUGCCAUCUCUGCAACAGGAUGGUUAGUAAGGUUGGUUUAAAAAAAAUGCUCGUAGUUUGAACUCAAAGAAUCCUGCAUUUAUGAACAAUGUACAAACAUUUUUUGAGGACUAUGUGAUCGACUGCGUUGGAGCAAUGCGAGAAACUCGAUUGGUUUUAGACAACCCCCAGCUUAUCAUCGUUAGUUCACAAAAUUAUCUAAAUUCGAAACUUCUUUCCAGCUUCCUGUUGAAAUGAGACUGGAAGUUCUCAAGCAGCAUCUUUUUCUGAUAGAUCAAAUGCUGCCAAGCUGCAAUUCAUUUUUCUGCGCCCUCGUUGCGGUAAGAUUGACGGCAAACUGAAAAAAAAAACAAGUGAUUUCAAGGCUCUUGUUCCGCUACUUGAUAAAGUGAAUGACGCUUCAAAGAUUGAUCUUGGCACUUCAAAUACUUUGCUCAAUAUUUAUCUCGACACGGAAGAAUUUGUGCGCUACGUGUUUCGUUACGCACAUCCGGCAAAAGGAAUGCACCUUUUGUAAGAUUUUCUCCGUAAACAAAAAUAUAAUGAGUUACUUACAGCCAAACUGGCAAAAUUCUGGAAUCUCUUCAGAGACCUGAGGAAGCUGCGCGAUAUUACAUCGAGGCUAAGCGUAUCAUGGUAAUUCCACUACCUGGAAUUUUCGAUCAAUCUUGGGAAUUCAGAGCUAUGCUUUCGACGAGAACUUCAUCACGACUCGAGAUGUGACUGUGUGUAUGAAUCGUAUGCUGGAUUACGUCAAAAUGAUCAAAAGAAGAUCAAAUUUGAUGAGGGCGGUGGCCGAACUAGAUGUAAGCUUUUCUCUCAAUUCUCAAAUUCAUGAUUAAAACUUAUAGAUACCACAGUCAAACUCAAAUAAAUCUCAGUCAAAGUCAGAAAUCGAGAAUAAUCGAGCCAAAGCUUUGAAAGAGAAAGGAGAUGAGAAGCGAGCCAAACAGGCAGCCAAAAAACUGCGACAGAAAGAAAGAAAACGUGCCGAGAAGCAGGGAAAGCUGGUAGCAGAAAUGGCUGUACCAGGCGGCUCGAUGGAGAUGCCUCAAGAACCUGAAGUGAUUGUUUUCCGAUAGUUAUCAUCGAAUCGAGAAAUGUUUAGGCUUCGAUCACAGACAAAGUAGCCGAGAUGUGGUAUCCUGUCGAAGCAGCUCCGAGAAAUGAGAGAGAAGAUGAUGAAGACAGUCUGGGCGACCUACCGGAACUGGUAGCCGAUCUUUGAAUAUUGAAAAUUUCUUUUCUCCUUCUUUACCCGUCUCUAUCUUUCAUAAACUUUAUUAUUUAUCAUCAAAAUAUCAUAUUGAUAUUUAUCUAUUUUUGUAAAUAUGCAGUUUGCUCCAAAUACUUAUUAUAAAGGAUGUACGAGACACAUAAAAAAACCUUUUCAACAUCCCAAUUUCGAUAAAAACUUUGGAUAGUUUGUCUUUUGCUGAUCCUCAGAAUUGCAGAAUGAGCUCCCUUGUUUAGUUUCAUUUUCCUGUCAAUUCUCUAAUUGUGAUGGAAACUUGUCUUUGAACUCUACUUCAAGCGUAACGUUUGCUUUGCAUAAUAUCUUUUUUUGGAUGUUUAGAAAAAAUGUUGGAUGUUUAGAAAAUUUUCAUUCAAUACAUAUUCAUCCAAAUCGUUCAAUUGUGAGACUGUUGUUUUGGAGAAUAAAUAUUUGAAGUUGAUCUCUUCUGAGCGGCAAAUGAAGAUCAAAAAGGUUGGCAGUAUGUAUAUUUCGGUUUCGGUGUUUGCGGAGGUAAAUUUGCUGAGGUGUGAUAGCGCCGCCGUUUCUCGUUCUUUCAGUUUUUGUUUUCUCGUCUAAUUGGCUUCAUUUCCAAUUAUAAGACAACCACUUGUUCUAAUAUCCUUUUCUGAUUGUUUUGAAAGAAUUAUUGAACCUAUUGAAAAACUAUUUCACAGCCCUGCUGUCUUUUAGCAUAAAAAUUCUAAGAUGAAAAGGGCGUGCGUGAAUAUAUUUUCUAUUUUUUUUGGAGUUAUAGCCUUAUUUUUGAUUUAUUGUUAUUACCUUCAAACAAAGAAAGCUGAAAACCUUUGUUUUAACUUUUUUUUGGUUGUACUUCAUCUCAAAAAAACAGAAUCGUCAGAAAUUUUUGGCUUUCAAUUUUCGUUUCGAGUUUAGAAUCGUGAAUUUUCCAGGCUGGCUCCUCCCACGCGUUCUUCUCGAAUGGCUACCAAUGGUCGUGCACCUGGUGUUAGUUUUUUAAACUUGAAUUCCUAUAAUAAAAAAAUUAAGCUGAAAAAUUUUAUACAGAAAACCCGUCCUCCAACGCUCAGGUUCAGUAACAACUUUGACCUCGAAGAAAAAUCGCAGACGGCAAGGCACUGGAAACAACGACGAAAUGAGCAGUUUGUUAGUUUUUCCUUUUUAUUUCAGAAGAAGUCUUACGAUUUUGGAUCUUGUAAGAAAAGUUUUCGGGGUUCGAAGACGCCAAAAUUGUUUUUUUAAACACAGUGAGGAUACCGUAUAGAUUUGUUCGUGUUAUAACAAAACCAAAAAACAAAUACCUUUGCCGAUAUACCCUAUAAGGUUGGCCUUUCUUAUAUUUUCUUCAUUUUAGAAACUACGUCAAACAGUACUUGGCCAACAGCCUGAACUUUCCACCCGACACCACGCAAUAUCCAUUUGAAUACGCAAAACUAACAGAUAUUGAAGCUCUUGGAAACGGAACGUUUGGAACUGUUAGGAAAAUGGUGCACAACCAAUCUGGAAAAGCUCUUGCUGUCAAGGUUGAACUCAAAUCCAUACAUUCAUUUCUGAAGUUCUUUUCAGAGAAUUCGCUUGAUGAGUAUUGGAAAUGAUGAAGGAGUUAGCAAAUCGAUGCAACGUUUGAAAAACGAAGUGGAAACUAUCAAAGCUUCUAGCAACUGCGAUGAGAUUGUCAAAUAUUACGGAAUCACGUUUUAUGAGGCAUUUUCCUCGCGAUUCUGUAUUAGAUUAAUUUUUUCGUGUUCAGGGAGACGCGUGGCUUUGCAUGGAACUGAUGGACAUUUCUCUCGAAACUCUUUAUCGAAUCGCUCAUCAAGUCGUGAAACAGCCAUUUGAUCAAACUACUCUAGGCUCGGUGGCUGUUGCGGUAAGAUUUAGCUACGAUUUUUGACACUAGAAUUUCUCGAAAAGUCUGAAUAAUCCAAGUGUUUCAAAUUUUGAUUAUUGGAGCAUAUUUUCAUUUGGAAAAUCGCAAUUUUCUGAACCUAAGACUUUUUUCAGACAAUUCGAGCGCUUGAACAUCUCAAAAACAAUCAUCAUAUCAUUCAUAGAGGUUAGUUUUUGAUUAAUUAGCUUUGAGUUUUGAGCAAGGAAGUUGUAUUUGCAGACGUAAAACCUUCCAAUAUUUUGUUCAACUGUGACGGCUACAUCAAACUGUGCGAUUUCGGGAUUUGCGGCUACUUACAGGAUUCAGUUGCUCAGUCCCGAGACGUUGGCUGUCGUCCCUACAUGGCUGUCAGAUUUCUUCACGAAAAUUUGUGCAUGAAACUGAUUAUUUUCAGCCUGAACGUCUAGCUCCAAAUUGCGAAGGUUACGAUGUGAAAUCAGAUGUUUGGAGUUUGGGAAUUUCCAUGGCAAGUUAUUUUUUUCUUUCAAUUGAUAUGGAAGUUUUGAAAAAAAAUUUUCGCGUCAAGCGUCAUAACUCAAUUAUACAUGAAAAAUAUUACGAGGAUGUUUCAAAGUAAUUUUAAAAACUUAUUCAAAAGUUUGCAUUUGUUAUCUUGCUUAUCCUCUGAAAAAUAUUCUCAUUCUAAAUGUUCGAAAAUUUCCGUUUUCUGAAAAUUAAGCUUAGUUUUUGUUCAUACUUUCCAUUGCAGUUGGAAGUCGCGAACGGUCGAUAUCCCUACCCGGGACUUACGGAAGCUCCUAUCUUUGCUCAGAUUCAAAUGAUCGUCUAUGGCGAUCCACCGCUACUGACAAACACUGGAUUAUCUACAGAUAUGUGCAAUUUUAUCAUGUCCUGGUCAGAAACAUUUCUCGAUUUUUUAUUUUUUCAACUUUUUCAGCACCAUCAAAGAAAGAGCUCAACGCGCUGAUUUCAACCAACUCAAAAACACUGGAAUUUAUCGUCGAUAUGCGGACCCAGCAAUGCGUGAACAUGUUGCUCGAUACGUCUCCACUAUGAUUCCUUACAAAAGUUCACUUGCCGUUCCUCGUGCUUGA